AUGAACGGUCACAGUAUUCUCCCGGUAGACAGACAUCCCAGCACACCUGCAAAAGGUCCCGAGGAGUUCGAGAGACUCAAGACCGAGGUUGAUACCUCACCCAACAAUAUCCACAAGUGGGAUGAACUUUUUGCCAAAAUCGAUGAUAGAAUCAACUCCGUCAACCCCAAAGAUGUUUCAGCUGAGUUCAAGCUGUUUAUACAUACAUGCUACACCGAACUUCUAGAUCGAUUGCCAUUUCUUGUAGAGCAUUGGAGGAGGUUUCUGAUCAUCGAAUACAAGUUGAACGGUAUCAAGCUGUCGAUUGAGGUAUUGAGUCGGUCUGUGGAUGCGGUUCAGUUCUCGGUGGGGUUGUGGGAAGACUAUUUAAAUGCUUUGGCGUUGGAAAAGGACGAGAAAUACGGCCAUGCACUUGAGAUGUGUAUUCUGCUCAAUGGACACCACUUCAACAGCCAUAACAUCUGGGAUAAGUACUUGGAACACAAAAAGGACAAUGUACUUCCCGUGUACCUAAAGCUCAUCCACAUACCACUCUACGAAUAUGCCAAGUACUACAACCAAUUUGCCGAAAUCAACAAAAAUUACCUGCUCAAAGACAUACUAGGAGAUGACCUUGAGGAGAACUUGCAACGUUUCGGUAAGACCAGCCCCGAUGAGUGUUCGGUCAUUGAGUCUCACCAGAUCAUCGAUGAGUUCAGCUACCAAAUCUUCGCCACCAACCAGACCAGAGUCAAUGCCAAAUGGGAGUUUGAGAGCAAGAUAACCACCCUUGAUUUGAACCUAAAGGUGAGCUCAGACACCGAAUCAGACAACUGGUUUGCCUAUUUGGACUAUGAAAUUCAACACUACAAGCAAGACUAUAACACCAUUACCAACUUGUUCGAAAGGGCUUUGAUCCCAAACUGCUUCAAUCAAAAGCUCUGGCUCAAGUAUCUCGCAUACAUCAACGUUUCUGACGAAUCUCACAAGUUUCAGGUUAUGGACUCCAUAUACUCGAGAUGUGUGAAUAAGUUUAUUCCAUUGGACGUGAACUUUGUCAGGUUCAGCUACGGGAGAUUCUUGUUGAAGCACAACAAGGUGGACUUGAUGAACGACUACUUGUUGGACUUGGUCAAGUUCUUUGGUGGAGAUAAUAAUUCCAAAUUGUACUUAAAAAGUGGAUACACUGAAACGGUUGAGAGUCUUUUAGUGAAUUGGAGCAAAUUAGUGGGAACAGAAGCUUUCUUGCAAAUCUCACAGAGUCUUUUAGAGUGUUAUUUUGAAGAAUCGAAGCUGAUCACCGCUGAAGUGGAAACUGUUUCACGUCUGACGGUGAACUUGUUGUUUUCUCGACUCAACGACCAGUCGAUAUUAGUGGUGAUAAAGUUAUAUUUAAAUACUUUGUUAUCGGUUUCAGACCUCUCAAACCCAAAGGAUGUGAAUGGGUUGAGACAGUUUUUCAACAAACACUAUAAACGGCCACAGCUCAGGAGUUCUGUGUCGUUUUGGAAGUUCUAUGUGGAGCUUGAAGGGGCUGGUAUGUUCAAUUUUUCUCAUCUACAUCAGAUCAUCAAAUACAUCCAAAAGGAGACAACUUUGUCCAAAAUCGUGGUCAACAAGUUUUUAAACUUCCAAUACAAUCUAUACACAUCCAACUACAAAAGGUUCAAGGCAGAUGUUGAUGACGACUCCAUUAUUAGGUACCAGAACAAUUUAUCUUUGAAUCCAACCGACAACAAAUACUUAUUAGCCAGCUACGGCAAGUCAAUACGUGAUAUCAAGGACCAGUUCGAGCAUCCUGGAAUCGUCAUUGACAACAAACCCGAUAUCACCAACAAGUUGAUGAAUCAAAACUUCGACUUGUUUAGCGACGAGUUCCCAUACCCAGCCACCUUCAAGAACAUAGAAAAAGCUAAUGCUCCCAUUCCAUUCCCCCAAUAA